ACGCCGAACUUCGGUAUUUGGUUGUGGUACGCAACGGAGAAGCAUGACGGGAGCAUGGCGGAAAUGUACCAUGCCAUGGGAGGAAAGUCAUUUCUGGGCGGAACCCUGGAAAUGUGGUGGUCAAGCCGACCAAAGGAUAGUCUCGUCCCAUGUGUGGUGCUGGGGUAUAUGGCAUUUGCGCUUGUGUUGAUGGUACUACUCCCAGGAAAGCGUUUUGAAGGACCUGUAACCGCGAACGGUAAUAUCCCUGUGUAUGAAGACAACGGCUUCCUGUGUUAUGUUGUCACAAUGGCGACGUUUGUUGUGUUGACUGUAAUAUUAAAGGCGUACGGACUGACACCUACUGUCAUCUACGAUCGAUUCGACGAAGUCAUCUUCUUCCUGAACGCGUUCAGUCUGGUGUUCUGUCUAUUUCUGUACUUGAAGGGUGUGUAUUGGCCAUCAUCAAGCGACGGUGGCAUUUCGGGUAACCCUAUCUUCGAUUACUACUGGGGAACGGAGCUCUAUCCACGUGUCUUUGGUGUCGACAUCAAAGUCUUCACAAACUGUCGAUUUGCAUUGACUGUGUGGCCUAUUCUGGUUGUCCUCUAUAACCUUAAGAGUUAUGAGCUUCAUGGAUUCGUAAAUAACAUAUUCAUAUCAUCCGUUCUUCAGUUAGUAUACACCACAAAGUUCUUUUGGUGGGAGGCAGGCUACAUGUAUACCCUCGAUAUCAUUUUGGACCGUGCUGGAUUUUACAUAUGUUGGGGUUGUUUGGUUUUAGUGCCCUCUUUUUACGCAUCGGUGAGCAUGUACUUGGUGAAGCAUCCAGUCCACCUUGAACCAAUCAUCGCCUUCCUUAUAUUAAGCUGUGGGUUAGCCAGUAUAUGUAUCAAUUACUGGGCUGACCUACAGAAACAGAGGGCAAGGGAAACACAAGGAAACUGCCUCAUAUGGGGACGUAAACCAAAGAUAAUAAAGGCCAGAUAUACACUGCAUACUGGUGAAGAAAAGGAAAGUUUGCUUCUUGUGUCAGGCUGGUGGAGAGUCGCACGACAUUUUAACUACUUCGCUGAAUUGUUACUGGCGUUUUGUUGGACAGUUCCGUGCAUGACCUUGAACUUUGCGCCAUAUGCGUACUUUGUAUUUCUCACAAUACUCCUUGUUCACCGCAGUUUCCGGGAUGAGCAGAAAUGCAGUCGUAAGUACGGGCAUUACUGGAGAGAGUACUGUCAUGAGGUUCCCUUUAGGAUAGUGCCAUAUUUAUUAUAACUGAUACAACUACUAUAGAACUAGCCAUACCAUUCUACGAUGAUGGGUCCAUGUCAUUGCUGUAUCAUAUACAUGUAUUACGUUUAUCGUAUGAAACGUAGUCUUAAAUAUACCAGCCGAAAAAAGAAAUGAAAGUUUGUUUUCGUUAUUUAUAACUUCACAUGAUUCUUUGAUGAUGUGUGCAUGGUGUGGGUUUCUCGAUUAUUUCAUCAUUUCUGAAUAUAUUUGGAUGAUUUUUGUUGUCCUAUCACAGACGGUGGUUGCGUGAAUACCAUUAAAACAUGCAUGGGUACCCUUCACCAAAUCAGUAGCGUGUGUGCCUAUCCCUCGCAUGAGUCGCUGCUCUUACUCUCCGUAACAUUGACUCCAUCAAGGUGUUAAUUGCCCUUUGAUGGAUAUUAUUCCACUCUUGAUUAAGGGCUUGCGUGAAUUGAGGGACGAUCUUUGGGACAUUCGCGCGCUUCCUAACCCUCCUGUCUAGCUCGUCGGACAAAUUCUUGAUUUGGGACAUACCUUGUCUGUAUGGUGGACAAUCAAGAACUGGAACGUUGUUUUGAGCCAGAAAGUCACGACAAACCCUUGCAACAGGUGGCCACGUGUUGUCCUGCUGCAACGCAAGGUUACGUUGAUGGAUAAGGACGUGUUGUCUAAUGACCUGAUCCCGACAUCUUACUGCUGUAAGAUUACCUUGGAUGACCAGCGAUAGGUGUUUUCACGCCUUGAGAUAUCCUUACCCAUUCCAUAACAGACCCUUUCCCGAAUAUGUUGCUUUACGUUACGCAAGCGUCAGAAUGUCGCUCACCACGACGUCGAUAGACACGUUGCCAUCCAUCUGACCUGUAAAGUGUAAAACGCGACUUGUCUGUGAACAACACGGGUUUCCAAUGGGCCAAACGAAACCGAAUAUGUGCAUGUACAAGCAGCCACUGGAUUUGAUGCUGGCGUCGCCUCUGUGUAAGCGGCGGACAAGCACAGGGACAUUGUGGCCUUUUAAAAAUACAACCGAUUCCUAACCGUUCUUGUACAACCUGGUCGACUAAGAGUGCCUACAACUGUACGUGCUGUCGCCGUCGCCGUCUGUUACGGAGGUGAGAGAGAUGUAUGCCUUUAUCUAAUGUAGCGACUUAAUGCGUGGUUAUCCGCUCCUGGGACGAUCGCCUAAUCUCCCUGUGGCUCUGAGACUAAACGGGAUAGUUGUCUCAUGUACGCCAUACCGCCGGGCUACAAGACGAUGGGAAUGCCCCUACAUUAUCAGAGCAUUAGCUCUUUCCCAAUCGACUUCACUCAAUCGCGGCAUCUCGCUGUACAUCCGCUUCGAAAAGAAAUGUUGCGUAACUAAUUUGUACUGUUCCAACGUUCGAUUUGUAAUUAUUCACAAGCACAUAUUGUGCAAGAGUACCCCGGAUACACACUUUCUUGAAAAAUUUGCUGUGUCGAGCGGGAUUGUUAACUGAACAACAUUUUCAUAGUGCACGGAUAGCUCGGUGUGAAAUUUAAUUGAAUGUAUACCACGUGUCGAAUAGUUAUAUUAGAAACACCGAACUUGCGUUUCUUUUUUCCGCUGGUUAUUUAUUGUAUACGUUAGGAGCUAUAGACAGGCUGGACAGUGACAAUUUGGUGACAUAAAGAAAAAAGUAAAAUAUGUAUUUGUUAUACAAUGUGUUUUUCGACUUUUCUAUAAAUAAUAUGAAUUAAUAUGCUUCUCAACAACUUCUUGGUCUUGAAGACCUUAGUCGAAAUGCCCAAACAUGAUAUGCUCUCCUUUACCAAACAAUAUUCGCACAAAGUCAGUAGUAUAUAGGGUAACAAGGUCUAGAGUUACAGAUACAGGACACAAUUAUGUGUAUACAAUAUACAAUGUACAAUGGGAUACAUCAUAGCCUACAGACAAUGACCACACAGGACUAUUGAAAUAAACGUC